AUGAAGGCCUCCAAAAAUCCUCAACCUAUAUCAGCUUCCCAUGACGAGAAUAUUCCCUCAGUUGACACUAUGUCAGCCGACGAGACACACACGGCAAAGGGUCUAAUCGUCGGUGGAAAGUACCGGAAUGAACUUUCAGAAGAGCAGACCCAGCAUUACGACAGCAGCUUAUUGCAAGAGGUGGACGUGGAUCUUCCCCUUACAGCAACAAGGCCUGUGCAGCACGAUGGCCGAGAAUACAUCGUGCUGGACUUCGUGGAUGGAGACAAACAGAACCCCUUCAACUGGAGUAUAGGCCGAAAGGCCUUCAUCAGCAGUCAGCUUUGCCUCAUGACACUUUUCAUCGGUCUCGCCACAACAGCAUACAGUUCCGGAAUUUCACGCAUGGCAGCGGAUCUAGGGACAACAGAAGAAAUUGGAAAGCUUGGUCUUUUCACCUUCAACUUUACAUGUGCACUUGCUCCUCUUUUCCUCGCUCCCUUCUGCGAGCUGGCCGGUCGACGAGUUGUCUAUGUCGGUGCCUACGUUUGCUUUUGUCUUAUGUUCAUCGGUCUCGCUCUCGGUAAGAACAUCGCCACAAUCCUAGUAUGUCGUGCUCUGCUGGGUUUGUUUGGUUGUGUUGGUACAAUUCUUGUUGGUGGCACUUUCGGUGAUAUGUAUAUACCGGACCACCGUGCUAUCCCGAUGGCUUGUUUCUCCUUUAUUGCCAUUCUCGGUACAGUCGGUGCGCCCAUCUACGCCGGAUUUAUCGACCAGGCUCUCGGCUGGCGCUGGCUCGAGGGUAUCCAGGGUUUGGCGAACAUCCCCCUUGGUAUUAUCAUCAUUUUUUGCCUGCCCGAAACCCGUGGUAGUGUAUGCCUAAGCAAACGUGCGAAGGCAAUCCGCCAGGCCACCGGCAAUGACAAUUUCGUGACCUUCAAUGAUAUCGAAGCCCCUGGGCUCAAACACAUGUUACACAACUCCUCUGUUAAGGCCGUGAAGAUGCUCUUCACCGAGCCCGUCGUCUUUGCCUUCGGUCUUUGGAUCAGUUUCGCCUGGUUCCUGGCCUUCCUCUUCCUGUCCGUCAUUUCAAUUACCUUCGAAGAGAAGCGCGGCUGGGGCGAAGGAGUCGGAGGUCUUCCCUAUAUUUCUCUCUGCCUCGGAACCACCAUCGGCUUCGGGUUCCACUUCUUGCAAAUUCGCAAAUACAACUCCAUUGCCUCCAAUCCGAACGUUGAGGUCUCACCCGAAGAUCGGCUGUAUGGUGUCCUAUGGGGAGCCGUCUGGCUGCCGAUCGGAUUAUUUGUCUACAGCUUCACCCAGUACAAGGGUCUCCACUGGAUGGGUCCAAUCGUCGGAUUGGCUCUCAUCACCAUCGGUAUCUUCUUCAUUUUCGAGUCCUGCUACAGUUAUACGGCCGAUUGUUACGGAGAACACUCUUCUUCUGCCAUUGCUGGUCAGGGUUUCAUGCGCAACACACUCGGUGCUGUGUCGCCUUUGUUUGCUUCCCAGUUCUUCCACAACGUGGGUAGUCAGUACGCUGGGUUGAUAUUGGCAUUGGUGGCGACGGUCUUGACGUUUAUUCCGUUCAUUCUGUAUAAGUUUGGCCCUGCACUGCGUGCGCGCUCUAGACUUGCCUCUGCCACUGUGAACGGCACCAAUUAA